AUGGCUUUCGUCGGUGUUCACGCCAUGAAUGCUCCUCCUUUUGGCCCCCUUUCCUUCGCGGACGGCAAGGUUAACAAUAAACAAAAGCCCCCUCAAUUGGUCCACAAGCGAGAAAUUUAG